AAGUUUAGGUAAAAACGUUUGAUCUUAUGCAAGUAAGGACACACGUGAAGUAGCAGUCGUACGGAAGAGGUGAAAUAAAUUUCCGCAGCAGGCACCCAGAGACCGAAGAUGUCGAGUUUAUCAGCAGCAAGCUGCGAUUCCACUAAGGAUGCGACGGAGCCGCAGGAAAAGAAGCCCCUGAAACCGUGCUGUGCGUGUCCAGAGACCAAGAAGGCCCGGGACGCCUGCAUCAUGGAGAAGGGUGAAGAAGGCUGCAAAGAUCUGAUUGAGGCUCACAAAGACUGCAUGAGGGCACUUGGAUUUAAAAUCUAAUUACGUUUUUCAGGGAGGUGCGUGACUGAGUGUUUGUGUGUGUUCUUGCUGGCUGGUGUCGCUGAGCUGCUAUGGGAAGGAUCUUCUGAGCUUUAUUUAUUUCUUCACUGGAACAGAAGAUGGUGUGAACUAUAGAGGGUGUUCUUUUCUGAAUGCAAAUAUUCUUUCUUUUGAUAAAGUGUUUCUUUUCAAAAUGCUUGAUUUUAAUUAAAAAAAAACAAUGGUUUCUGAUUUUUCCGCUUGUUCGACCUUUUAAUUAUUUCACUUGAAGAAGGUUUUGCUGUUUAGAAAUGAGUAAGGGUUUAUUGCUUUUUGUUGUAGUUUUACGUUGCAUCUGUUGGCUUACUGUUCAAUUUGUACAUGUAACCAUUUGAACUAAAGUAGUACUGUUCCGUACAUGUGGGAUGGACUAUACAAAAACUUUAAACUAUUUUAAUUAAAAAAAACUUGCCAUA